AUGAUUGCUAAGUUCGCCGCCCUCUCGGCCCUCGUGGCCACCGCCUCUGCCCAGGCCGUCUGCACGCUGACGACCGAGACGCACCCUGCCCUGCAGUGGCAAAAGUGCACCUCGGCGGGCAGCUGCAGCAACGUCGCGGGCUCCAUCACCAUCGACGCCAACUGGCGCUGGACUCACCAAACCGGUGCCGCGACCAACUGCUAUGAUGGCAACGAGUGGGACACCAGCUACUGCAGCGAUGGCCCGUCGUGCGCGUCCAAGUGCUGCAUUGACGGUGCCGAAUACUCCAGCACAUAUGGUAUCACCACCAGCGGCAAUGCCCUGAACCUCAAGUUCGUCACCAAGGGCCAGUACUCCACCAACAUUGGCUCGCGUACCUACCUUAUGGCCAGCGACACCAAGUACCAGACCUUCAAGCUCCUCAACAACGAGUUCACCUUCGAUGUUGAUGUCUCCAACUUGGGCUGCGGUCUCAACGGUGCGCUGUACUUCGUCUCCAUGGACGCUGAUGGCGGUAUGUCCAAGUACACGGGCAACAAGGCCGGUGCCAAGUACGGUACCGGUUACUGCGAUGCGCAGUGCCCGCGUGACCUGAAGUUCAUCAACGGCGAGGCCAACGUCGAGGGCUGGGACCCGUCAACCAAUGAUGCCAACGCCGGCUCCGGCAAGUACGGCAGCUGCUGCUCGGAGAUGGACGUCUGGGAGGCCAACAACAUGGCAACUGCCUAUACCCCUCACCCGUGCACCACAAUCGGCCAGAGUCGCUGCGAGGGCGACGGGUGCGGCGGUACCUACAGCUCCGACCGCUAUGCCGGUGUGUGCGACCCCGACGGAUGCGACUUCAACUCGUACCGCAUGGGCGACAAGACCUUCUACGGCAAGGGCAUGACCAUCGACACCACCAAGAAGAUCACGGUCGUCACCCAGUUCCUGACCGACUCCUCGGGCAACCUGUCCGAGAUCAAGCGCUUCUACUCCCAGAACGGCACCAUCAUCCCCAACUCCCAGUCGACCAUCUCGGGCGCCGAGGGCAACUCCGUCACCCAGGACUGGUGCGACAAGCAGAAGGAGGUCUUCGGCGACGAGGGCGACUUCAACGCCAAGGGCGGUCUCGCUCAGAUGGGCAAGGCCAUGGCCGGCGACAUGGUGCUCGUCAUGUCCAUCUGGGACGACCAUGCCGUGAACAUGCUCUGGCUCGACUCCACCUGGCCCCUCGACGGCGCGGGCAAGCCCGGUGCCGAACGUGGUGCCUGCUCCACCAGCUCCGGUGUUCCCUCUGAGAUCGAGUCGUCGGUACCCAACUCCAACGUCAUCUACUCCAACAUCCGCUUCGGCCCCAUCGGCUCCACCGUCUCUGGCCUCCCCGGCGGCGGCACCAACCCGGGCAACCCGUCCAGCACCACCACCAAGGCGACCACCUCCACCAAGCCCCCCGCGACCUCCACCAAGACCACCGCCAGCAGCACCCCGACUGGCGGCGCCCUGGCCCAGCACUGGGCCCAGUGUGGCGGCAUCGGCUACACCGGCCCCACCCAGUGCGCGUCGCCGUGGAGCUGCCAGAAGCAGAACGACUGGUUCUCCCAGUGCCUGUAA